CGCCCGCCCGCCAAGCCGGCGCAAUGAAGCGGCAGAACGAGCGAGACUCCAGCCCGAGCGGGCGUGGCUCGUCAUCGUCCGCCAAGCGGCCGCGGGAGCGCGAACGGGAGGCAGAGGCGGGCGGGCGGCGAGCAGCGCACAAGGCCUCCGGCGGCACCAAGCACCCGGUUCCAGCGCGGGCUCGUGACAAGCCCCGCGGCAGUGGCGGAGGCGGCGGACAUCGCGACGGGCGUGCUGCUGGGGAUGCGAAUCACCGGGCGAGCAGCGGGCGCUCCUCGGGCGCGCCCGGAGGCGGAGGGCGCACCGGCAAGGCCUCCGGAGACCCGGGUGUUGGCGGCGCGUCGCCCCGCUCAUCUCCACUCCCGCCGCCCCCGCCGCCCCCCGGGGCGGAACCUGCGGGUCCCGGGUCCACGGCGGCCCCAGAGUACAAGACGCUCCUCAUCAGCAGCCUAAGCCCUGCGCUGCCGGCCGAGCACUUGGAGGACCGGCUCUUCCACCAGUUCAAGCGGUUCGGUGAGAUCAGCCUGCGCCUGUCACACACACCGGAGCUGGGCCGCGUGGCCUAUGUGAACUUCCGGCACCCACAGGACGCGCGUGAGGCCCGCCAGCACGCCCUGGCCCGUCAGCUGCUGCUCUACGACCGCCCGCUCAAGGUAGAGCCCGUGUACCUGCGCGGCGGCGGGAGCAGUCGGCGGAGUAGCAGCAGCAGCGCCGCUGCCUCCACGCCACCCCCGGGUCCCCCCACGCCCGCCGACCCUCUGGGCUAUCUACCCCUGCACGGUGGCUACCAGUACAAGCAGCGCUCGCUGUCUCCGGUAGCCGCCCCGCCCCUGCGGGAGCCCCGUGCGCGGCACACCGCCGCAGCCUUCGCCCUGGAUGCUGCUGCCGCGGCUGCUGUGGGACUGUCUCGGGAGCGAGCCCUGGACUAUUACGGGCUCUACGACGACCGCGGGCGCCCCUACAGCUACCAGGCCGUGUGCGAGGAGGACCUGAUGCCGGAAGAUGAUCAGAGAGCCACUCGAAAUCUCUUCAUCGGGAACCUGGACCACAGUGUAUCUGAGGUGGAGCUUCGACGGGCCUUCGAGAAGUAUGGCAGCAUCGAGGAGGUGGUCAUCAAGAGGCCUGCCCGCGGCCAGGGUGGUGCCUAUGCCUUCCUCAAGUUUCAGAACUUGGACAUGGCACACAGGGCAAAGGUGGCUAUGUCUGGCCGAGUGAUUGGCAGAAACCCCAUAAAGAUAGGCUAUGGCAAAGCUAACCCCACCACCCGCCUCUGGGUGGGUGGUCUUGGACCUAACACCUCGCUGGCGGCCCUGGCCAGAGAAUUCGAUCGCUUUGGGAGCAUUCGGACCAUCGAUCACGUUAAAGGAGACAGCUUUGCCUACAUCCAGUACGAGAGCCUGGACGCAGCCCAAGCUGCUUGUGCUAAAAUGAGGGGCUUCCCCUUGGGUGGUCCAGAUCGCAGGCUCCGGGUGGAUUUUGCCAAAGCAGAAGAGACUCGCUAUCCCCAGCAGUACCAGCCCUCGCCUCUCCCUGUGCACUAUGAGCUGCUCACUGACGGAUAUACCCGGCACCGAAACUUGGAUGCUGACCUUAGGGUGCGGGAUAGAACCCCUCCACACCUUCUGUAUUCAGACCGAGACCGGACCUUUUUGGAAGGGGACUGGACCAGCCUCAGUAAAAGUUCGGACCGCAGAAACAGCCUGGAGGGCUAUAGCCGCUCAGUGCGCAGCCGGAGUGGUGAGCGCUGGGGGGGAGAUGGGGACCGGAGCAUAGCCAAGCCCUGGGAAGAGAGACGAAAGCGGAGGAGCCUUUCCAGUGACCGUGGGAGGACAGCUCACUCCCCUUAUGAGGAACGGAGCAGGACCAAGGGUGGGGGACAACAGUCUGAGCGAGGCUCGGACCGCACCCCUGAGCGCAGCCGAAAGGAGAACCACUCCAGUGAAGGGACCAAGGAGUCAGGCAGCAACUCCCUCAGCAACAGCAGACAUGGUGCUGAGGAGAGGAGCCACCAUCACCACCACCACGAGGCUCCAGAUUCUUCCCACGGGAAAAAGUCUAGAGAGAGUGAACGCAAUCAUCGGACCACUGAGGCAGAGCCCAAGACUCUUGAAGAGCCAAAACAUGAGACCAAAAAGCUAAAGACUCUGUCAGAGUAUGCCCAGACACUGCAGCUGGGUUGGAAUGGGCUUCUAGUGCUGAAAAACAGCUGCUUUCCAACAUCUAUGCACGUCCUUGAAGGGGACCAGGGAGUUAUCAGUGGCCUCCUUAAGGACCACACUUCUGGCAGCAAACUGACCCAGCUAAAGAUUGCCCAGCGUCUUCGACUGGACCAGCCCAAGCUGGAUGAGGUCACCCGUCGCAUCAAGCAGGGGAGCCCUAACGGCUAUGCUGUGCUCCUAGCCAUCCAGUCAACCCCCAGCGGGCCUGGCGCUGAGGGGAUGCCCGUGGUGGAGCCAGGCCUACAGAGGCGGCUUCUCAGGAACCUAGUCUCCUACUUGAAACAGAAGCAGGCUGCAGGGGUGAUCAGCUUGCCGGUGGGUGGGUCUAAGGGCAGAGACAGCACUGGCAUGCUCUAUGCCUUCCCACCCUGCGACUUUUCACAGCAGUACCUCCAGUCAGCACUGCGGACAUUGGGCAAGUUAGAGGAAGAACACAUGGUGAUAGUUAUAGUAAGAGACACCGCCUAGCCCACACCUGUGGUUUCCAGCUGUGUUUGUGUCACAGAAGCAGUUAUUUUAAAAAUCUGCUCCUUCUCUACCUAGUCUUAUCCCUCGGUUUGACUUCUCUGCUGGGUUUUUGUGGUUCAUUUGGUGGCAUCCUGUCUACUGCUAAAACUAAGUUCUUAGAUUUGGGGGGAAUUUUAGUUUUUUUUAUAAGAAAAAACUGUUAUGUUUCCCGUGUAUGAGAUUCUGUCUGCUGUAUUCUGUAUUUUUUUAUAUUUUAUUUUAUUUUUUGACUAACUGUAUGGAAAAUUGUCAGUAAAGCCUUUGUCAGAGGAUGAAUUUUUAAUCCCACCAGA